AAAGCCCCAGAGCAGCGGACGUGGAAUCGUGUGUUAUUGUGGGCCGAGUAUUAUCGCCGAGCGUCGGUAAAACUGAACGUAACGAGAGAACUGAACGAAAGGGCCAAUUUGAAAACUAGUGAAUUGGAAAGCGGAAAACAAAUCAACUCGAAGUUAAAUAAACCAAACUGAGAAGCAGAUAAGAUCAACACAAAAGUCAUAAACGAAUAUGACUCUGUUUAAAUAAUAAAUAACGAGGUUUUAGAAACGAAAAGUAUUACAAAUCUCUGAAAACACAUAUAAGCAUAAAUAAAACACAAUAUUUACAAGCCACUGCAUCCAAGGCAAUGUGGAGCUGUUGAUUCAUCCGACCCGGACAACAUGGUGAAGAUCGAGGAAGGCUUGCAGUCCAGCGAGAUCAGCGCCCACAGCCCCCACUUCCAGCACCACCACCACCACCCGCUGCCGCCCACCACCCAUCCGCAUACGCAUCCGCAUCCGCUCCAGAGCCCCCAUCCCGUCGGGCUGAACCUCACCAACCUGAUGAAGAUGGCCAGGACGCCGCACCUGAAGUCCAGCUUCUCCAUCAACGCCAUCCUGCCGGAGACCCUGGAGCACCACGACGACCAGGAGGAGGAGGAGGAGGGGGAGAAGAAGUCGCCGGCGAAGUUCCCGCCCAACCACAACAACAACAGCCUGGGCGCCAACACCUGGGGAUCCGAGGACCAGGAUCCCGAGAGCGAUCCCGAGUCUGACCUGGACGUGACCUCCAUGUCGCCGGCGCCCGCCGCCAAUCCCAACGAGAGCGACGCGGAGGAGGCAGAUGAGGAGUUUGCCGAGGAGGAUGUCGAGUGCGAUGGGGAGACCACCGAUGGCGACGCGGAGAGCAAGUCCGGGGAGGGAGGAGGCAAGCCGGAGAAGGACAAGAAGGGCAACGAGAAGCCGCCGUACAGCUACAACGCCCUCAUCAUGAUGGCCAUCCGGCAGAGCCAGGAGAAGCGGCUCACCCUGAACGGGAUCUACGAGUACAUCAUGACCAACCACCCGUACUACCGGGACAACAAGCAGGGCUGGCAGAACUCCAUCCGGCACAACCUGAGCCUCAACAAGUGCUUCGUGAAGGUGCCGCGCCACUACGACGACCCCGGCAAGGGCAACUACUGGAUGCUCGAUCCCUCCGCCGAGGACGUCUUCAUCGGCGGCUCCACGGGCAAGCUGCGCCGGCGGACGACGGCGGCCUCGCGCUCCCGCCUGGCGGCCUUCAAGCGGUCCCUGAUCGGACCCAUGUUCCCGGGAUUGGCCGCCUACCCGCAGUUCGGCCAGUUCCUCACCUACCCGCCCUCGGCGCCCAGCCUGCUGGCCAGCAUGUACCAGCGGUACAACCCCUUCGCCCCCAAGGGCGGACCGGGCGGACACCCGGCCCUGCAGCCGCCGCCGCACCAGGGGGCGGGGUUGCCGGGGCUGGCGGCGCCCCCCGGUCCGCCGCCCCCCUUUGUGGCCCCGCCCUCGAGCAGCGAACUCUACCAGCGAUUGCAGUACCAGCAGCUGUUGCACCAGCACGCGGCAGCCGCCGCCCUCGCCGCCCACCAGCGGCAGCUCUCGGUGGCAGCCGCUUCGGCGGCACAGCCCCCGCCUCUCCACGGCCACCUGGUGGGGCAGCCGCCCCUCUCGCCGCCCGCCCACCUGCAGGGGGGCGAGGGGGAGUCGCCGGGCCCCUCGCCUCAGCCUCAGCCGCUCAUCAAACCCGUCACCGUUGUCUCCCGCAACAGCUGAAGAUUUCCGAGGGAAGGAUCCCAUUCUCGGCAGGAUGGGGAUGAGAAGUUGCUUAGCCAUAAGUAUUCACUGUACAUAGAUAUAGCCGCGACUGAGGCGCUAGACGCUUGUAAAUAGAGGGAAAUAGAGGGGGGAAACUCAAAGAAUAUUCGGUUAACCGGAUUCACGAGAAACCUUUGCAGAGUCAGGAAAACUCCAUUGAUUUACUUCGAUUUUGACACAAAAUUGUUUGUUCAAGCAGCAGGAUAUAUGUUAAGCAACAAGCUUGCAAGUAUUUAUUCCGUUUUAAAUUAUUUUCCGUCAUCAUUAAGAAGAAAACCCAUCCAAAGCUGAUUUAUAGCACUUUGAAAAUGUUAUAAAAAUACAUUUUAUUGCUGCGAAUUCAGUCCGCUGAAAACCUGAUUCAAAGUAACUCUGCAAAGAUUUUUCCACGCGAGUGUUUCUGAGUUGGUAACUUGUUGUCACAUAUCCACGAUAUAUAUGUGUAUAAUUCGAUUAAUGAUUAUCGAUACUUAAGCGCUGCAGGCAAAGAACUAAGCACUAUUUAAUUUAUAUAUUAUUGUAUAUUUAGACACCAAACGAAGCGACGAGAACAGAAACCAAUUAAAAUUCUAUUGAAAUAAAAUUGAAAAACAGAAA